UUCUAAUACCUAGAAACGCCCAACCCGCACACUCUAAUCGCACUACAUAAACACUUUAUCUACCAUGUCCAACACCGCUACCACCCUCGGCCUCCGAUCCGGUCUGUUCGACCGAAACCUCUCGGUCCUCGCCAUCCCCGCCACCUUUGCCGUAGCGUUCUUGCCCCAUACCGUCAAGGUCAUCUUGCUCGGCGACAGGUUCGACAACGAGAAGCCCAGGGCGCAGACCAACUUCAAGGUCACCGACGAUUCGAUCUACAGGGAAAAGAUCAACCGAUUGGCCGCUAUCCACACCAACGGAAUGGAAAACUUCCCCUUGUUCGCCGCUGCCGUUCUCGCCGCCAACUUUGCUCGUCUCCCCACCCGUCUCCUAAACACCUUCUCCCUAUCCUACCUCGCCUCCCGUGUCCUGUUCAGCUUCAUCUACUACUCCCAGUCUUCCACUACCGCCUCCGUCGCCAGGAGCGUCAGCUACUUUGGAGGAAUGUUGAGCAGUUUGUGGGUCUUGGUCAAGAGUGGGAACAGGUUGAACCAGCUGCUCUAAGCGCGAGCGCGAGUUCGAGUUCGAGUUUGAGCGAGGUUCGAUAGCAGGUGGAGCGGCCGGACGAGAUGGAGAUGAAGAUGGAGAUGACUGUAUCGAGGAAAUCGUAUAUACCACCGCGAAAGAGUGAAAGUAAAAAAUGGAAUGAAGUGAUAUCGUAGAGCUGGACUGUGCGAUGACGGGCUGCUUGGGAGCAAUGUCCGAUGAGAGCUUAUGAUCGACCGAUUCGAGCCAGACGUUCAAGGUCUCAAUGUUUCGAGUUGGUCAGAGCUAUUUCGUUUGGAGCCGAAAUUUAG